AUGACGAUGGCUCUUGUUCCGAAAGACUAUUUGGCGGUGGAAACUAUUCGCGACAUCAAGUCCAAUUUGAAACCAUCGUGCUCUAUUUGCACGGAAGAAUUCGGUAUUUCGUUCUGUUUUCUCCCAAAAAAAAUUCCACAAUUUUGAUUCAGAUUCAAAUGUUCGCAUUCCAAAGGUUUUGACCUGCGGCCACACAUUUUGUGUGCAAUGCAUAGACAAAAUGCUCAAAUCGGUGUAAGCUUUGAAAAUCGGACGAAGAAGCCGAGCGCUUUUUUUCAGACAAGUCUCGUUUUCCGGCGAUGGAGAGGCUCACACCGCCUUUUCGUGUCCCAUGUGCUCGGUUAGUUGAUUGGCAAUUCGGCUCCUGUUUCUAUUAAAUAAUUUCAGAGUUCGAUGCCAAUUCCAUCUCGUGGUGCUAUGGGAUUUUCCAGUAACUACCAGCUGAUCGGUCCGAUUUGAAAGUACAUCCUUUCGUAUUAUUUGUGUUUUUCAGAGGCCAUUGCUCCGCACGAUUCUCGUUUCGUGACAUGCACGACCUGCAAAUUGCAUGGAGUCGAAUCGUCGUUCCAUAUCUGCCGAGAAUGCACGAUUACAAUCCACAAUUUCGACGUACACAGCAUUAUUUCGUCGGACCCGAGUAUUCAUCUGGAUAAUUAUCCGAUUUGUUCUACUUGUGUGCUCAAAGAGCACAAUACAAUCGGUCACACUAUAGUUAACUACGUUCCGAUCAGAGUAAGUUGUCAUUCUUUAACCUAAAUAUGCUUAUUUUUUUUUAGCUUAACUACCAGUUCAAAAAGAACAUGAUAAGUGUGAAUGUGUUGACAGCGCAAACUAUCGAAAAGUUCCAAGAUGUCCGAGUCAUUCUUGCGACGAUACCAUUGCUGGUCGAGAAAAAGGAAAAGCAAGUGUCCAAAAUGGUGGAGUUCAUGCAAAGAGCCAAGUCCAGUCAGCAUCAGGAUCUUAUCUUCCAGAAAUACAAGCAAGAAAUUGGCGAUGUUAGUCCCCAGAGACUUCUGUGAUCUAAUCUGCAAAUUCAGAUCAAUAAGAUUCUGGACGUUCUGAAAAAAGACGGGGGAAAGCUGAACGAGAUGGUCAGUGUCAAAGUUGGCAUUCUUGAAAAGAGCAAUGAAGAGACCAACUCGCUACACUGUCUCAGUGAAAUGCCAGACUUGAAAGAAAUACUCAAGAUUCCGGAUCCGAUCUCGAAAGUGUUGCCGACGGAAGAGGCGGUCAGCCAUGUGGAAGAGACUAUCGUCGACCCAUCGGAUCACGAACUGACAGUUAACGAAGAGGGUUUUUCUCAAUCUGCUGAACAGUCAAUGUCUCACAACCUUUCAAUGGGAGACAUUUCUCGUAAUGGAGCCGAUCUUCCAAACAUUCUCCAUUCUGCUUGGAACCACGUCCGCAUCGAGACUAACCGCAUUUACGAAACCAUUUCGGUGGCUAAUACUGCUUUCAAUGAAAACAACUACAAUCAAGGUAGGAAUAGUCGCGAAGUAGAUUUAGCAUUAUAUAUGAUGACUUCAGAGGUCGAUGGAAUCAUGAGAAAAUGGGUCGUUCUUGCCGUCGGGCUCGUUUUCGUUACCUUCCUCGCUCAUAUUUUCUGCAAAAUUAUAAUCUGA